AACCCAAAUUGAGGGCAUUAUGUACCCGCCUUUCUCUGCCUGUGUUUUGAUUGGUUUACAGCUUCCUCAAACAUUACGUCAUCUCCGUGCGACUACUAGUGUCGCGGGUAGCUGGAAAAGCUGUGGGUAAAGCGAUGGCGCCAUCCCCAACAAAGAGGAAAGAGGAUGACAAGAGUAAACCUCGAGGAAAGGAGAAGUCAGGAGCCACGAAAGAAGGAGCUGACAAAGACCGGGGCCGAGACAAGAACCGCACGCGGCGCAGUGCUUCCAGUGGGAGCAGCAGGUCGAGCUCCAGCUCCAGCAGCAGCUCGGGCUCCAGCUCAGGCUCCUCCAGCGGCUCCAGCUCCUCCGCCUCCAGCCACUCGGGCUCCUCCAGUUCCCGCUCCUCUUCGUCGUCCUCCUCCUCCUCACCGAGCCCCAGCCGCCAGCGCCACAACAACAGACGACGCUCCCGCUCAAAGUCAAAGUCAGCAAAGAAGGAUGACCGGGACCGACGGCGUAGGAGCCCCACGCCCAAACCCACCAAGGUCUACCUGGGCCGGCUGACAAGAAAUGUUAUCAAGGAACACAUCCAGGAGAUCUUCUCCACUUACGGCAAGAUCAAGAUGAUCGACUUGCCCAUGAACCGCAUCCACCCACACCUGUCCAAAGGCUACGCCUACGUGGAGUUUGAGACACCCGAGGAGGCAGAGAAGGCGCUGAAACACAUGGACGGAGGUCAGAUCGAUGGUCAGGAGAUCACAGUCACAGCCGUGCUGACUCCCACGGUGCGCCCUCCCCCCCGCAGGCUGUCCCCUCCCCGCAGGAUGCCGCCUCCACCACCGAUGUGGCGACGCACUCCACCUCGAAUGAGGAGAAGGUCUCGGUCUCCACGGCGGCGCUCUCCAGUACGUCGCAGAUCUCGAUCGCCCGGCCGCCGCCGUCACCGGUCACGCUCUAGUUCCAACUCGUCCCGCUAGUGAAAAUGAAAACUCCUCCCCUCUGGAUCCACUCCUCUGCUGUGUCCUCAGUGUGACCAAAACAUUACGGUUAAUCAUAAGCCAUUUAAGUGAUGAGAGCGUGUACACUCAAGUCAUUACUGUGCUCCCCGAGUAAAUUAUCUUGGGAAAACAGGUGAACAGAAACAGACUUGAUCGUAUCAUGACGACCUACCGUCGUAUAUUGACGUCAAGUCAGCAUGGAGCAAAUCAUCUACUGGGGUCACAUGAUUGAUUGUAGUGUCUGCGUUCUCAUCACUGAAACAGAAAGUUAACCAAUGACGUUAAAACAGUCUUAAAUUAAUCCGACAGUCACAAUAUGGCAACCAGUGUCCUCUGAAACCCAUCUGGCAGAGCCCAGAUGUUCUCUUUUAUAUCUGUCCAGUGUAAAAAAAUGACUGAAUUACAGAUUUUAAAUGGUGCUACUGGUCAUAAUUUAGGUUUAAAUCAGUAUUGUGUUUUAAAACCCACUCCUGUAAACCUCUUCAUUUGCGACGGACUCUUGCGGUAAAUUACAAUUUACAAGGGCAGCUAUACAAGUGAAAUAGCAGUUAGUAUGUGUCAGCUUCAAUAGGAAUCUGAAAAUGACAUAUAGUCACUAUUACAUUGUCAGUACAUAGAGGUCAGGGGGUCAAUUUCUGUUCAGAUUUUUUUAUGUGUCACACUGUGAUCUUCUGAUCCAGAUACUUUUGUGGUUUUUAGUUUGACUUGUUUCUCCCUUAAAUCUUUUUUCAUGUAGCUGGCCGAGUGUUAUUAAACUUGACAAUAAAGUUCAUGAUUUGAUCUGUAAAAAAAAAAA